CUGUAUCAUGUCUCCUGCUGAUUCAGUGGCGGUGUUGCAGUGUAUGGUAGUACGGGAAACACUGUCAGAGUAUUUCACCGCGUUGUUCCUUUUGCAUCGGCGGAACAAUGCAGAAUCGAGAAUCGUUACCGGAACCGAACGUCAUGAAAAUCAUUUGGUUAUGCUAUUUUGUUUGAUGGAACCGGUUGAUGGGUUCUCGCUUCACAACCCAAGACCUGAUAUUUGUCUUCCUUAGAGAUGCAUGGGAUAGCCUAUAGCUACAUGCGCUCACGCUCGUCAAGCCAGAUAACGGGACGUAAAGAUGGGGUACGACACCAGUUGCUCUCUUUAAAAUAGCCUCUCCUGUCGGAGAAUGACCCCCCCUCAGCGCCUGUCGGAAUGCCGUUUCUCUCCGCGAGCACAAGGGCCACGCGCCAGAUGUACACAUAACCGACUGUGAUACUUGAUACUAUUGCACUAAAGCUGGACCUUAACUUUGAGGAUCUGAUGGAUUUAAAGAGGGUGCUGUCAUUUCCUCCAUAUCCAGGGGAUUAUCUGCACCCAGUGGUGUACGCCUGCACUGCAGUGAUGUUGCUCUGCCUGCUGAUUUCUAUCAUGACAUACAUUGUACACCACAGCAUAAUCCGAAUCAGCAAGAAAGGAUGGCACAUGCUCCUCAACUUCCUCUUCCACACUGCCGUGACGUUUGGGGUGUUUGCAGGAGGCAUCAACCAGAUCAAGUACCCUGUGAUCUGUCAAGUGGUUGGCAUUAUCUUGCACUACUCCUCCCUCUCUAGCAUGCUAUGGCUGCUCUUCACUGCCAGAAAUAUCUGCAAGGAGGUGUCCAAGGCUCCACCCAUACCUCAGGACAGGGACAAUCCCACACAAGCACGCCCUAAAGCCACCAUUUUCAGGUUUUAUCUGGUCAGUGGUGGGGUACCCCUAAUCAUUGUGGGUGUUACGGCUGCUGUUAGCUUGGAUAACUACGGUAGCAGAGAUGACGCCCCUUACUGUUGGAUGGCCUGGACGCCCAGUCUGGGCGGCUUCUACGGACCCACUGCCUUCUUGGUCUUGGUAAUGUGCAUCUACUUUCUGAUCACAUUCGUGCAGCUAAAGCGGCACCCGGAGCGCAAGUACGAGCUCAAGGCCAUGACCGAAGAGCAGCAACGUCUAGCCGUGGCUGAAAUCGGACACUGCCACGCCGUCAGUGGAGAGCCAGGUGAGCAUGGUGAGCACACAGGCUGCACAGCCAUCACAGCGUCUAUGUUGGCCAACGAGCACUCUUUCAAAGCUCAGCUGAGGGCCACCGCCUUCACGCUCUUCCUCUUCCUGGCCACCUGGGCUUUUGGCGCGCUGGCUGUAUCACAGGGUCAUUUUCUAGACAUGAUCUUCAGCUGCCUGUACGGAGCAUUUUCAGUCACAUUGGGGCUUUUCCUGCUGAUACAGCACUGUGCCAAACGUGACGACGUGUGGCACCGGUGGUGGGCCUGUUGCCCCAACAAACCAAAGGUGGAGGUCAAUGGGGAAGCGGCAGGGAACGCCGUCCCCGGCUCCCAAAGUCACAGCCAUACCCCGUCCCACGGGCAGAAUCAAAUCCACUGCCAGGUCGACUCGUCCUGCCUGGGUAACCCUCUGCUCUCCCCUCACCUCCACUCGCCAUCGCCACACUGUAAGUUGGGUACUCUGCCUUCCACCCAGAACCAUAUGAGCACCUGCUGUGCCACACUUCACAGUCCCUCUUCGAUCGGGAAAGCGACCCGUCCACAGUCCCUCUCUGAUGAACUGCCCCGGCCAACCCUUCCGCUGCAAAGCUGCCUAAAGGACAGGUCUAAGACUCGAUCCUUCAACCGACCUCGGCCCUGCCUCAGGGACUAUUCUUACCAUAUGACCUCCACCAGCAUGGAUAGCAGUGUGCACAGCUCCCAUUUGGACAGCCCCCACAGUGUGCACCUGGACAACCCUCUAACUUGCCACACGUCACACUUGGACACUCAACUCUCUUGUCACAGCCCCCAUCCGGACAAUCAGCUACGCUGCCCCAGUCCUAGUCCUCACCUCGAGAGUCUGGCUUCACACAGCCUUCACGAUAGCCUCUCCUGCCAUAGUGGGCACUUGGACAGUCAGCUCUCCUGCCACAGACACAUGUGCUGUGCCAAAGCAGACCCGUUUUCGAGCAUAUGCUGCCCUAAAGCUGAACCGUUUGUCAGCUCUUUCCAGGCAGAAGAUCCUGACAUGGGGCCGCUGAUGUACAGUUGUGCAAAAAUGGCAGAUAAACAGGACGACGCCAUGCUGCACUUGGAUAUAACACCUCCGCGGGCAUCUCUGUCAUGCUCCCAGGCCACGCUUGGCAGGAAAGGCACCCUCAGCCGGCGAGGGACGCUGAGCCGGAACAGUAGUCAGCAGGAGGAUUACCUACUUGCCUCGGAUUCCACGGGUAACAUUAGGACUGGACCUUGGAAAAACGAGACGACUGUGUAGGCUUGUGAAUUACGUGCUAACCUGUUUCUCUCGCCUGAGCUAAACUACUGUGUAGUCCCAGGGCUGUUACCCAAAGGCCCUCUCUUCUCUGAGCUAAGCUACUGUGUAGUCCCUCUGCUGUGACUUCCCCCUCUCACCCGCCCCAUAUACCUUCUCUUCCCCUUUAAAGAUGUUUGAACCUCUCUUUACCUCUUCUCAGACUUCAUUUCAUGUCUCAUCCCAGCUCCAUUUGGUUUGUUCUCUUGACAUUUUGAUAUGGCAGCAAAUAUCACAUGACAUACGUUUUAAUUUGAACGGUCUUUUAUAAUCAAGCUGAUUUUUGUACAUGUGUUUUUGGGUAUGGUAUCAUAAUGUGCAAUUAUGUUGUUGUGUGUGUGUGUGUGUGUGUGUGUUUAGUAAGUAAGAAAGAAGUGAAUGCAUGUGUAUAUGUAUAUUUGCAUGUGCCAACAUGCGUGUGUGUGUAUAUACCAGAUAGCAAGAUGAGUCCUCUCUUUUAGUGCCAAAAUCUCCCACUUUUCCGUUUUGCAUUUUAGUAAAAACAAAACAAAAAAUCUGAUCGCCAAGUGUGAAAACACCAGCAUUUAAUUAGAUUUUCACUUUGAAAGAAAACUGUGAAUUAUCACUGCGGAAAUUAAGAUGAAUCAAUGAACAGUUGUAUAUGGCAAAUAGUACAAUAAUGAAAAUGAAACUUUUUUAAAACUGAGAUCUAGCCCAAAGUACCAAUUGUAAUCUGUGAUAUGUUGAUAAUGGUGUGUGGUUGCCAAAACGAAACUGUCAUUUUUCUUCUUCUACAGACAUAAAAACAGCAAACAAAUAGUCUCCCUGUGUUUCCAUGGUGACAAAUCAUGAAGAGAGGUGCCCAGUAAGAAUGCAUUUUGAACUGCAUAUGCGAUGUAUGCACAUACAGUAUUUAGUUACUGUCAAUGAGGUGCAGAUCAGUUCAAGUCAAUUGCCUUACAGAACCAAUCAGUUUUGCGUUGAUCAAAAGUCUCAUCUUGCACUAAAGCAUGUUCACUGUAAUCUAGGAAGCAAUCAUUUACAUGUCUAAUGGGCUACAUGCAUCCAUGUGUUUGACAGCAAAGCAUCUAAGCUUCCUGGAAACACUCAUGGUAUUUAUUCUGAGGCAAAAAAUGGAGGACUUCACUUUCUACAUUAGAAGAAAGGAUCUUAUUAACAGUUUAUAUCACUGUGCCAACUCACCUUGCUCAUAGAAAAUGUCUUUUAACAAUUUACCCACUGAUCAUUUGACAAAUGAACUUCCUAAAAAAAAAAAAAAAUAUAUCUGCAUCAACUCAUAUUGUAAGUAAUAAUUGGUAAAUCAUAUAGUACGUUAAUUGAAAGAUCACACAUGCAAUAUUUUUUUACUGAGUGGUAUUUACAUAAUACCACUAAAAAGUAAAUCACUAAAGAGUGUCAAAUUAGAUUAGUAAAUUACAUCAUUUUUUUUUCAGUAAAACUUACUUUUGUGUUGCUUUUAGCCUUGGUUUCAUUGAACUUGAUAUGUGAUUUGGUUAUUGAAUGUUACAGUAUUUAUUUUAGAUUUACUUCUUUUUAUAUUUUGAAUCAAAACCUGACUUAUAAAAUAUAAGUUGGCGCAGAUGCAAUUUUGUCUUUUCGGUAAACUUAAUAUGUGAUUUUGUGAGCAUAUUCUAUUUUUUCUUGAUUUAAAUUAAGGCAAACACACCAUCACUGAAAUCUGCAAAUAGCUAUUUGAUUCUGUGCACAUUUAAGAAGUAAUAUAUAUAUUUUUUUCAAUGCCAUGUGAUCAUAUUUGUCUCAUUUGGUUUUUAAUACUAUGUGCCAUUAUUUAAUCAUAAAAAAAUAAUAAUAUUUAAUGCCAACAGAAGUGUCAUGUGGAACAUCUGGAUAAUUAUUUAUGUUGUGUUUCUUUGUGAGCUCAGGGAUCAUGUUGCAUUUUUCACAAGUACAACCACUCAAGAUAUAAAUUUGCAUGGAAUUAAUAUUGUCUAUUGGCCCCCAGAGUGUCACCAAAUUAUAAUAAAAAAACAUGAAUAAUAUAAAAUAGAAAAAGAAAUAAAAAUGUUUUAUUCAAAAUGCCCCUCACCCAACCCAUUAUUUCUGCAGAUUUGUAACACAUGGAUACUAUUAAGCACCCCCUUGAAUCCCUGGAGAAAAUGAAAUUUGUCUAGCUGCCUGAUUUGCCAUGUGUUGUGCUUUAUCCUCACCUAUAACCCACCUGUCAUUGAUAGCGAAGGAACUACAGUUUCUUUUUGUUUUUUGGUGAGUACAUUUUUGGUGAUUUGUGCUCUGACCUGCCCCAAAGCCAUUUUUUUUUUUUAACAUUUGCCACAAUUUCCAAUAAAUGUAUUUUAUCACCUGA